CUCCCACCUCGUCUCUUUCCUUCGAACGUAAGUUUCCAUGAGCUGAACAUUAUCAACCCACUUGCCGCCGUAGAGCUGACAGAGAGUUUCGACGUCGUCCAUAUUCGACUUUUGUUCUACCAUAUAUGUGUAAUUUUCUGCGGAUGUCUUCUGUUUCCACAACCUUCAACACAAAUACCGGAGAAAGAUAUCCAUGCUGUGCUGGAGAAUGCAACGCGCCUUCUGAAGCCAAACGGAUGGCUUCUCAUUGAAGAUUGUGGAAAGCACCUUGGACACGAAUCGAGCAAGGGACCUGCUAUGGCUACAUUUGAGGAGAUGUACAUAGGUAUGCUUCGCUCAAAGGGGUUGGAUCCUAUCAUCGGGGAACACCUUGAACAACACGUUCGGGAGCUGAACUGCUACAGUGAAAUCAAUACUAACUGUGUUGGGCUCAUCCUUACGACUGAUCAGCAAAGAGCAGGGUCUACCCCAGAACUUCGUUCGCUCUCCAAUGCAUUAAGAGUUACUAUCGAUAGGAUCGCCAUGGGCAAUAUUGGGGAGGAUAUGAAGUCAGCAGGUUUGACUCCAGAGUUACAGAAAGCGUGGGCAGAGGAACGUAACGGUCCAGCUUUUCAGAAUACGUUUGACUUUUGGUUCGUUUGGUCUCGGAAGAAGAUAUAG